CGCAAGGCGAAGUAGAGAAAAAAAUGGCGGCGGUAAUUUGAAGGUCGUUUAUUUACGAUGUUUUAGCAACGACUUAUUUCUUGAAAACGCGCCGAUCGCCUAGUAAUGAAUCAUUCUAACUCGGCGACAGGUUACAGACCUUCAAGGCCCAUGCUAUGUCGGUACUACAAUACGAAUGGAUACUGUUUUUAUGGCGAUCAAUGCCAGUUUGUUCACGCGAAGCCUUCUUCCAACGAUGGUCGCACGGCUGGAGAUAAGAGCUUCACUAUUGGGGCUCCAAACAGUGUGAACUCAUUUCAUCGGAGCUCAUCCACACCAGUGUUCCCCUCACCUGCCAAUGGACCACCUAUCAAUAAUGGUCCUCCUAUCAAUAAUGCCCCACCCAUUAAUAAUGGCCCCCUUGGGCCAAAAGGGCUCAGAGGUGGAGGUUUCAAGAGUAAUACCACUGUUUCUGAUAACUAUGUCAGUAAUAUGGCACAGAUAUCAAUAUCCACAAAUAAGAUGCCUCCAGGAUCUCUUGGUGGGCAUCCAUCUCCUCUCUCACCUUCAAAGAAGGCAUUUGCAUCAUCCUUAGCUCCGGGUGGACCAGUGUCUCCUCUACAUUCUCCCAACAAACCGUCUCUUGGAUCCCCAAAACCACAACACAACCCAGUCACGUCACAAGCAUUUGAAUUUCUUCCAUCGGCUGCAAAUCAGAGUCUGCCCCAGGUCCCAAUGCACAGUCAAGCUCAGGUCCCUGCUCCUCAGCAGAUGGAAUCUAUUGGUGGAACAACUUACUUUUACACUCAACAAGCACAACAACAGCCUGCUGUGCUGUUUCCUUCGUACCAGGCAUACAUUUCCGAACCCUCUCACCUUGCUCAUCUCCACAGCAGUCAAACACGUAACAAUGCGUUCUCUAUGUCGGCUCAGAUUCGACAGGAGCUUAUCCACCAACAUACACUGAGUAUGGCGCAGCUGGACCCAGAUAAUCAAACUGUACCACAAGAAGUAGAUAGCUAUCACAGCUUAUGUCCCAUAGAACCACUGGACACUCCAACAGAUCAGGCACAAAGGACAUUCGGUUAUAUGACAACUUGUUACAAAGCCACAAAUUCGAAAGAUAGUCUUGUCUACAUACUUCGAAGAAUACACGCUUUUCGACUUGUGAAUGCCAAAUCCAUGUUUCUUGUCGAUCAGUGGAAAAAAAUCAGCCACUCAAACCUCGUCAGUCUUAGAGAGGUUUUCACGACCAAAUCAUUUGGAGACAACUCGCUCGUCUUUGUUUACGACUAUCAUCCUGGAGCGGAAACGCUUCUUAUGAGGCACUUCUCGGGUCCUGAUUCCACUCUCGCUGUGGGCCCCGAUGGUACGUUAUUGUUUCCCUCUAAUCCCCGCGCCGGCGGAAUCUCGAACAGGCACAGACCUGGCGGGCACCGAAGUCCAAUGCCCGAGAGAUUGAUCUGGAGCUACAUUAUCCAGCUGUCCUCGGCACUGAGAACGGUACACGCAUCUGGCUUGGCUUGUAGAGUGAUCGAUCCUUCCAAGAUUUUAUUAAUUGGAAACUCAAGACUCAGAAUAAACGGCUGUGGUAUAUUUGAUGUUCUCAGUUUCGACGCCAGUAACAGUCCAAACGCUAUGAUUCCUCAUUUUCAGCAAGAGGAUCUCACUUCGCUUGGUAAGCUGAUCCUUGCCUUGGCGUGUUAUUCUCUCCAAGCCGUUCAGCGAGAACAUAUUCAGCAGUCACUGGAAUACAUGGCUAUGAACUACUCGUCAGAUCUUAAAAAUCUUAUCAUCUAUCUUCUAAGCAGUCCUCUCCCAUCGCAUAUGAAGAGUGUGAAUGACAUCAUGCCGAUGAUUGGCGCCAGAUUCUACACGCAACUGGACGCCGCCCAAGUCAAGUGCGAUGUUUUGGAGGGUGAAUUGGCCAAGGAAAUGGAAAAUGGCCGUCUUUUUAGAGUCCUCUGCAAGAUGGGAACAAUCAACGAACGACCUGAGUUCAGCAUGGAUCCAAGUUGGUCGGAGACUGGUGACCGAUAUCUGCUGAAGUUGUUCAGGGACUAUCUGUUCCAUCAAGUGACGGAGAAUGGAGCACCAUGGGUAGACCUAGCUCAUAUUGUUGCCUGCCUAAACAAGCUGGAAGCAGGCACGUCCGAGAAGGUGUGUCUCGUGUCCCGAGAUGAACAGUCUGUGUUAGUGGUGUCGUAUCGCGAUUUGAAGAACUGCUUCGAAGGUGCCUUCAGUGAAAUUCUGUCGGCCUCUCUGACGUAAAAACAGCACUAAUGUAACUAUAGAUGAUAAAGAUUCUAACAUAAGCAAAAUAGCAAAGUACGCUGAAAAAUAGCCUGCGUGAUCCACGCAAGAAUCCUCGCGCGAAAGGCUCGCGCCAAGCGUGCACGUGUCAGGAGUAUAAAAUAGAUUUUUUUCAUGCGUAUUAAGCGGGCUAUUUUUCACGCGGAAAUAGAUACUUGAUAUAGUAAUGCAUGAAUUGUUUAAUCUGCUGUAGACAUUGUUCUUUUGCUAAUGAUCCCUAAAUUCGGGUGGGUCUUUGAACCGAGAGGCCAGUGAAAACUGUCUUUCGCGUCUUCACCCGUCAACCACCCCGCCUUCUCUUAUACUCGAACCAGUACUCCUCUUUCUCUGCGAAUGACUCAUCCCCAGUCCUUCAGCGAUUCUUAUGAGGAAAUUGUCAAGUCUUACAAUUUUCUCCUAUGAGAGGAGUGCUGAUGGAUUCAGCGGCUACAACCGGCUUGAACGUAGUUCUGAUUAGGAAAUUAUUGCGCAGCAAUUCACGCAAGCUGAGCUUAGAUAAGCGUCACGUUUUGUCUCACAAUCAUUGUAAUGUUUGUCUUUGUUCGAGACAAGCCUUCCCGUCGUCAGCGUGAAUUAGCAAGAUUAUCAUUAUUUCAGUUUACUUUCAACGUAGAAUGGUAUUUUUGCAAAAAGCGUCGUCUUCGUUAUUCAUAAAACAAAAGUUUCUAGGUACUGCUGCCACUCGAACAUAAAUCAAACUCACGCAGUUUCUGAAUUCUCAAAAGGUAUUACCAUCUUAUCUCUCCAUAAUGUCAAAUCAUAAUAUCAUGGGUGACAAAUUGCUCCUUAAUUUUGGCGCGAAUUUUCAGCGUUGAUGUCUAAUUUCACAUGUGA